AUUUACCUUACCCAAAGGCACUCGGGACAAAAGAAUAGAACACAUCGGAGGAGAUCUCUCUGUCUCUUUCUUUCCUUCCUCUCCUCUUCUUCUUCUCUGCAGCAUCUCUUGCGCCUCGCCACCUUCACUCCUACAUCCCAUUUCGCUAUCUUUGGAUGUUAUUUUCUCUCUCUGGCUUAUCUCAGCUCACCACGACUUGAUGAGCCCUUUUUCCAUCUAUGCUUUUGAUGGCUUCAUAAUCCCGAUCCUACAUCGAACGAACGCCAGCUGAGAUGUCUUCCCCCGCUGGGUCCUCGGCCCCGGCCGGGUCCAAGAAUGCUUCGCAUUCCCCCUCGCCGACGGGAGAUGUUAACUUGCAUCGGGAGAAGGCAGACACCAUUGCAGAAGCUGCUGCUGCCGUCGCAGAUGAAUCUCUUCGAGAUGACCCUAACCACCACGACCCCCUGCCAACCGAUGAAGCCAGUGCGUUGAAGGACUUGACAGAGAAUGUUCGCGACCAGGACGAUCUCGAGCGAGACAUCACGAACCAAGCGAACCUGGUAAUGAUCGAGCAAGAGGACGAGAGGGACCAGAAGAGGAUUGUCAAGGUCAACGGCAGUAUCGAGAAACUUGAACGCCAGAAAAGCGUACAACGCCGACGGCUGGACACGCUUGCGAAUAAUCCCCUGAUGCGCGCACGAUGCGUGACAGAACUCGAGCGUAUCGAUGCUGAAAUCGCGGCUUUGAAGAGAGACAUCGUGGACAUACAGAAGCGCAUAGAUGAACGACACCAGUAUGACGGAGUCGAAAACGACGAGCAAGACGCUGCUGCUGGCAACAAGAGGCUACCAAAUGAGAGUCAGCGAGACUUCCUUAUUCGUACGGGCAAGAUCACGCCGUUCUCUCGAAUGCCAGGGAGAGACACGGGUGGUCUUAACGGAGAUCUCACAGAGGCGCUGAUGGAUGCGGAGGAGGAAGCUGAGGCGGAUGCAACUCAGGUCGCUGAUGUAGAGCCUCAGUCUCACCAAAAUCUUCGUCUACCUGGCUUCGCAGAUAUACCGGACAGCGCUAUCACUACUCCCGAGAGUGAGUUCUCAUUGCGCCCCCGCAAGAAGAGACGAUUAGAGGGUGGUCUGUCUGGUCCUCAAACUCCGAUAGCUACCACUGACGAAGACGCCGCGGAUACGUUUACUCCCGAGCUCUCAGACGAACAGCUCGAUGAAUCUGAAGAUGAUGAAGAUGAUGAUCAUCUCAUGACUGAGAGAACUUCUAAAAGGAAAGUUUCUGGAAAGACAAAGGCCGAAAAGAUAGAUCUCACUGGUAUUGAUGAUGGCAAUGAGCAGAUGUACCAGAAGAGACUCAAGAACUGGGUAGAGAAGAGAAGCGCGGCGCGGCGUCGCAAACUAGAGCAAGGCCAAGCUAGGGAUGACGAACUGGUAGCUGAGGAUGCGGAACAAGAGGAAUGGUUUAAGCCAUGUCCAGAUGCACCUGAUCAUCAAUUCGAAAAUGGCAUCAAGCUUCCAGGCGAUAUCUAUCCUGCCUUAUUCGAUUACCAGAAGACUGGUGUCCAAUGGCUUGGAGAAUUGUAUAGCCAGCAAGUUGGUGGCAUCAUUGGAGAUGAAAUGGGUCUUGGGAAGACAAUCCAAAUUAUAUCUUUCCUCGCGGGACUGCACUACAGCAAGAAACUCACUAAGCCUAUCAUUGUGGUCGCCCCUGCUACGGUCCUACGUCAAUGGGUCAACGAAUUUCACAGAUGGUGGCCACCUCUACGCGUGUCGAUUUUGCACAGUUCAGGUAGCGGUAUGCUCAAUAUUGGUAGCGAAGGUCGUAUAGAGGAGGUAGAGGAGAUGUAUGGUCGGGGAGACAAGAAGCCUGCGAGAUCGCAGAAAGCAGCACAGAAGAUUGUGGAUCGGGUUGUGAAUCAUGGUCAUGUGCUGGUUACAACUUACGCUGGGCUCCAGACCUAUUCCGAUAUUCUUAUUUCCGUCGACUGGGACUACGCUGUACUCGAUGAAGGCCAUAAGAUCCGAAAUCCAAAUACUGCCAUCACCAUUUACUGUAAGGAGCUACGAACUGCGAAUAGAGUAAUCCUUUCGGGUACUCCGAUGCAGAACAACCUGAUUGAGCUUUGGUCUCUAUUCGACUUUGUCUUUCCUAUGAGACUUGGCACUCUUGUUAACUUCCGACAGGCAUUUGAGGUGCCCAUCAAGCUUGGCGGUUAUGCCAAUGCCACCAAUCUACAGGUCCUAACGGCCACCAAGUGUGCAGAGACUUUGAAGGCUGCCAUAAGUCCAUAUCUCCUUCAAAGAUUGAAGGUAGACGUUGCUUCAGAUUUGCCCAAGAAGAGUGAGCAGGUCCUAUUUUGUAAGCUCACCAAGCCUCAACGAGAGGCCUAUGAGGUUUUCCUUGCUUCCAAUGAGAUGCAAUCGAUCUUGAAAGGCUCGCGUCAAUCGCUGUACGGAAUUGAUAUUUUGCGCAAAAUAUGCAACCAUCCAGAUCUCCUUGACCCGCGAUUAAGGGGCAAGCCGGGCUAUAAAUGGGGAAAUCCGAACAAGUCUGGGAAGAUGCAAGUGGUAAAGGCCUUGCUAGAAAUGUGGAAGCGAUUUGGCCACAAGACAUUACUAUUUAGCCAGGGUGUUCAGAUGCUCAACAUCAUUGAAGAGUUUGUGAAAGGACUCGAUGGUUUCAACUAUCUUCGAAUGGAUGGCGGUACCAAUAUCAAGGAAAGACAAGGUCUCGUUGAUCGGUUCAACAACGACCCUGACCUGCACGUGUUCCUGCUCACAACAAAAGUUGGAGGUCUUGGUGUCAAUCUGACAGGUGCAAAUCGGGUCAUCAUAUUCGACCCAGAUUGGAACCCUUCUACGGAUGUCCAAGCUCGUGAGCGUGCUUGGCGUCUUGGUCAGAAGAAGGAGGUCACCAUUUAUCGCUUAAUGACUGCAGGCACCAUUGAAGAGAAGAUUUAUCAUCGACAAAUCUUUAAACAGUUCCUCACAAACAAGAUCCUCAAAGAUCCAAAACAGCGUCAGACCUUCCAAAUGAAGGAUCUCUAUGACCUUUUCACAUUAGGCGGAACAGAUGAUGGUACUACAGAGACUGGCCAGAUGUUUCAAGGGACUGAGGUUAAAUUUAAGGAGGACCCUGAGCCUCCCGCCCCUGAAGAUUACACUACUUUGGUUGGAACCAAUGCAGCAUCUGCAGUACAAAAUGAUGUUGUGAGCCAGGGUAUCGUUCACGCCGAUUCUGCGGUAAAGCAGGAGCAAGGAGACAGCGAUACCGACGUUCGCAAUUUGACCGGCGUUGCAAGCCUUGAAGCUUUCCGUGGCGAUCCUGCUGAAGAUAAAUCGUCCUCUAACGAAACCAGACUAAUGGAAGGCAUCUUCGCACGAUCUGGGGUACAUAGUGCCCUUGAGCACGACCAGAUCAUUAACGGCAAGAAGAAGGUCGCAGCUGACCGAAGCAUGCUCGAGCGUGAGGCCAAAAGAAUUGCCGCUGAAGCUGCUGCCGAGUUGCGUAAAGCCGGUGAAGCUGCAAGUAGUAUCCAGCCUGGCACAGUAACCUGGACCGGGGAGUUUGGUUCAGCCGGAAGGCCGGUAAACAUUCGACGAGGAGCAGGACCUAGCUCAGCAGGAAUCCUCGCUGGACUAGCCGACAGGCAAGGCUUGUCAAAUGGUGAAAGUGCCAGCAGCUCAAGGUCUGGAACUCCAGGCGCCGCGGAGCGAGUGCCCCGGGGCAAGGACUUUAUGAAAUUAAUCAGAGAUUUUAUAAAAAGACAGGGCGGAUCAGUGCCUAGUCAGGCGUUGGUGAACCAUUUCAACCGUAUGUGCAAGACGCCGCAACAAACCGCCGAGUUCAAGCACAUGCUAGGUGAAAUUUCCACGCUCGAGAAAGGCACGACUGGUCGAAUGAGGGGCCGAUGGGUAUUGAAGGAAGAGUUCAAGUAGGUACCUACCUAGUUCACGGGUACCCUACCUUAGAUAACGCCGUUGGCAUUACCUAGUCAAGGCAAGAGAGUGGCCAUGCAUGCAUGGUGAAUCAGGGACUGCUGCAUUAUGAGGAUGAUAUGCGAUAUGUGGGAUUUUUACAAUUGAAAACAGCGGCGGCGUCUGGAGCAUUUACAGUAGAUAUGCGGGCGACAUAUCUACAAAUUCUGUAGACCGAUAUCAUCCAAGGAACGCAAUAAUAAUGAGGCAUACAUAGCCUUCUUCAGAGC